AUGGCGGUGCUCUCGCAGCAGACGCAGCAGGUGCUGUACGACGCACUAGAUGCCUUCUCGCUGGGCGAGAUUGACCGCGCCAAUUCAGUGCUCGACGUCGCCACUGCGGAGGAACGCAGCCGUGCGGAUCUGCACGAUCUUUUCGCCAUCCGCUGUGUGCGCGCCUCCAUCGCGGCGAUGGGCGGUGAGCGCUCGGUCGCGAGCCUCAUGGCGGACGCCGCACCGUCUGUGCUGCACCGCCCAGUUGUGCUGUACUUGGAGGGCCUCGCCGCAAUGGCAAACGGCACAAAUCUCCAGACAGCGCGCGUCAAGUUCGAGGAGGCGGUCCGCGUGGACCGGCACUUUGUGUUGGCGAAGGUUGGUCUUGCUGCAGUGAACUAUCACAUGAAGCGCUACAAGACGAGCUUUUCUCACUACCGCACGGUGCUGGAGACACUCGGUAAUGCAAGCCCUCCUAUUGUGCGUGUGGGUAUGGGCCUCUGCGCGUACCACAUGAAUCGCCUCGAUUAUGCGCAAAAGUGGCUGGAGCGCGCACUAGAGGUCAACGCUGAUGAUGAGUUGGCAUUGCUUGCACUCCUUGUUGUCUUUUUGGAUCGCCGUCAAAUCAACAAAGUGAUUGAGGUUGCUCAGCGGCUUCGGAAGGCGCUCCCUGGCAAUGCGAUGGUGCUGCUGAAGGUGGCGGAUCUUGUGUACUUCCGGGCAGUGUCGCAGGGGCGAAUGAAGGCGUCGACAGCGUCCAUUCGUCAGCUCUUGGCCGAAGUGCGUCGUGUAGCAACAAUCGAGGAGGGUGCAAUGGCCGAUUACCAAGAGGGUCGUUUGUGUGUUGCCCUCGGAGAUCUAUCCAAUGCGCGGGUGUUGCUGGAGUCAUCUCUGCAGGUUCUCCCGAAUCUGCUGGCCGCGCUCAUCCACUACGCCAGGGUGCUGCUCCUUUCGGGGAGAGAAUCUGAGGCGGAGCAGUUGCUGCUGCGCAUCAAUGCCGAACACCCGAACCAGAAGGAGGUGCUGCAGCUCCUGGCGGCUUACGCCUCGCGGCGAGGCCUGCACGAAUCGGCGUUAGAGUAUAGUCGUCGCCUCACAGAGAACGUCGCGCCGGGCGAUAUUCGUUCCUGGUCACUCGCGUCUUGGUGUGCACGCUUGGAUAAGGAUGAAACGAAGCGACUCAUGUCGCAUGUCGCGCGCAUCCGAAAAGGGGUGGGUGAAACGGUCUCCAUGCAACUGCUCGCGAACAUAGCCGCAUUGGGUGGGGACACGGAUGCCUUGCAGGAGAUUAUCGACCAGGAGCUAGGGGCAGACUUCUUGAUGAAAUCAACGUUGCCUGUAGCAUAUGUUCCUCUUGUGUUUAACUUGGCAUUGCUGCUAGAGCAAAGCGAUCGAACGAGAGCACGACAGCUGUACAUUUUUCUUGUGAAGCAGCACGGUCAUUUUCAGCUCCCCUACAUUCGCCUGCAUACACUCGCAAAGUCUGACGGUUUGCUGAAGCAGGCUGUGGCUUGGCUUGUGUUGCUGCAGCAGGUUGUACCGGAGGAGCCUAAUUCAUUAGCAUAUAUUGGUCAAACCUUUUUUGAGAAGGAACGCUGUAUCGCGGCAAUGAAGGUCCUGCGCUCGGCACGAGGUCGACCACUCCCAGUAACCCUCGCCCUUGGCGCCACUUUUCUAUGGUGCAGUCAACAGCACGGAAAAGAUAACCACCGUUUCUUAGCGAACGCCAAGGCCAGGUUUGCAUUCGUGUUGCGCCGUGACAAGGGCAACAUUUUGGCCGCACACGGUCUCGCGUGCUGUCUUGGCCUGGAAGCGGAUUACGAUCGCUGCCAGUCUCUCCUGGAUCGUGUGGGGGAGGUUCGCCCCAACUGUGACUACGUCCGCCGACACUACGAAGCUCAUAUGGCUAAUGUGAAAACACUGAGCGACAGCUUCAAACAGGCGAUUGACUACCUCGGGCGCGACACGCAGCGGACGCCGCUUCAGACGUCGUCCUUAGCCUUCUGCCUAGCGUGCGAGGGUCACUACGGGGACGCCAUUGCGGCGCUCCAGAAGGCGGUGGAAGAAAAUCCCAAUCUUCCGCUCCUACAGUAUAACCUAGCUCUCCUUUACUGUGCUGCGUUUGUCUUCGCCGUUUCACACCAGGAAGCCCUUACCCUUGACAAGGCGCGCGAGCUGCGCCGUUCCCUCAGCGUCGGGCUGUCGAUAGCGUCCGAGUUCACCGGGAAAGAACCCAAAUCGCAGGCAAUGGCUGUGGCGAAGACGUUCCUCAAGUCUGUCUGCACUUACUGUGUAGACCUCAACGACCGCAGCAUCAACCGCCUCAUUGUGGCUGGUCAACGAGGCGCUAUGGAGAGCGAGCGACAAGCCAAACUCUGGGGACGUGAGUACGAGAACUACGAAGAAGAGAAGCGUAACGCAGAAGAGCAGCGGCUGGCAGAGGAGCGGCAGCGACAAGAGCAGGAGAAGCAGGUUGCGCAUGAGAUUCUCGAGGACUUUAGGCGGUCCCAGUACGAUCAGCCAACAAUCCUCGACGAGGAGACAUGCAUUCGGAUAGAAGCGUAUCGCGCAGAGUCCAGUGCCGCCGCUGCCGCUCAGGAGGAUGAAAAGGAGGCGGGGAAUGAUGAUGAAGCGGGCGACACUCCUGAGGAGGUGCUGCAGCUUAGUGACCUAACGGCGGAGCGCAACGCGGCGGCGAUUCUCAGCGGCAUGAACCUUGAGGGGGUGCACGACGACGAUGCGGUGAAAAAGGAGGCGGAGGACGCUUCUUUGUGA